CUCAGUGAAGCUAUAGAAGCCCAAAAGUUGGAAAUGGCCAAACUCGGAAAAGAAUUAGAAGAAAAGAAGAAUCUAGCAAGUGUUGAAGAGCACAUGGGUAAAAAUGUAGAGCUCAGAGUAGAAGUCGCGCCAGUAAGGGUCCAGGAAAAGGGUGAAGAGAUCGAGGCAGGUGGUCUAGUUGAUGACCGACAUUACUGGGAGAGAAUGGUGGAUGAAGUUGCAGAACAAUCUAGCGACGACUGA